GGCUCGAUUUCAUUCUCCAGUAUCACGUCUACGCCCCGGUCCUUCAGCCGCCUCACCCCUCUGGUCAUUAGACCCGGUGGUCCAGCCGGCGGGGCGGAGCGGACCUCCCCAGAUAAUGGAGGAAGGCUCUUUUUCGCUUCAAGUAACCGUCCUGAAUCUUGGGUGACCUGCCACACGGAAAGCGAGCCGCCCCAAAAAGCCUAGCACAAUCGCCGACUCCCAACCAAGAGCGUGCUGGUGGUUCUUUGUGACAUCAGGCCGUUCAGGGAGGGUCACGUAUUGGGACGCCGGAAACCCAACUGGGCAAUACACGACACUACUCCUCUAGUAGUCUGACAAAACCAGGAGUCAAGGAACACGUUUCUCCCCCAUUUCGUUGCCGUUCAUUCCCGUCCGUACACAACCUACCAGAGCCCAGGCUCCGCUCGUUUUAGCUCAGAUGGCCAUUCGGGAGGUGAAGUCCGUGAGCAAGGACGACUACGAUACCGUGGUGAAGAAGCUGGAGGCCGAAAAGGCGGAGCACGCCAAGACCAAGAGCCAGCUGGCCAAGGAGUCGGAGAAGCUGCAGUUCGCCCUGGGAGAGGUGGAGGUCCUGGCUCGGCAGCUGGAGCGGGAGAAGCGAGCCUUCGAGAAAGCCCUUUCCGGGGUGCAGGGCAGAGUUCGGAAGGAAUCCGCCCAGAAGGACAAGCUGCUCGCCAAAUGUAGCGGUGCGCGGCUGGGUGGGGAGGGGGACGCGGGGCUCCCUCUCUGUCCCCUCCCCCGGGCCUCACCGUCUCUCCGGCCCUCAGAGAUAGAGUCCCACAUUCUAAAGCAAGAAGGCCUUCUGAACGUCAAAGAAAAUGAAAUAAAAGAACUGCAUCGUAUCAUCACGCAGCAGAAACAGAGCUUCAGGUCCCAGGUGUGCGACUUCCGGAUCCAGAAGCAGCAGGAGCGGUACAUCUCGCAGGCACUGGAGAAGAAGAAGAAGGCCAAGAAGGCGGGCACGGGGUCAAAGGGACAAUAAACAGUAAACGAGAA